AGCGAUCUCUUGGAGAUCUCCCAGGAAGACACCGAUUCCCUGCUUUUACUGCACCAGCAAACCCUAACGGACGCCAUUUCCACCUUUAAUCCUUCGUUUUUCUCUUGCUCCCCUCUCCAUUUCCCUACAUCUAAUCCCAGAGGUCACUUCCUUCUUCUUCUUUUUUAUGCGUUCUCUUGCCCUAGUGUUUGUUUACUCUUUUUUUUGGUAGAUUUCGAUCUAAAUUUCAAUGCCCUGCUUUUGCAUUUUGCAGAUGUGAAAGCGAAAAACCCUACCUCCUUUUCUCCCAACGUUAAUAAAGAGAAUUGACAAUACUGAGCAUAAAUCUGAACUCCAAAAGUUAAGUUUAGAACCACAGAGAAUGAAGAGGAAAAAGCAAGGUGGAGGUUAUAAUUUGAGAAAAAGUUUAGCUUGGGAUCGCGCUUUCUUCACUGAAGAAGGUGUUUUGAAUUCAACAGAAUUAUCUUUGAUUAGUGGGAAUUCUAGUAAGUUGAGUAGUGGGAAAUUGUUGGCUAUAGAAGAAGAACCGGGAGAAUUAUUAUCCAGUGAUUCACCGGAUUUGCAGGCACUUGAAAACAAUUUGUUUAAAGAGUUGCCAUGCAAUAAUAGUAAUACGAAGAGGCAAAGAAGAUUGCGAUUAGUAGCCUACGGAAGAAGAGUUCUGGUUCAGCCUCUCGGUCCGUGGUGAAACAAAAUGUGCUUUCAGUUCAUGACGUAAAUAGAAGUGGUUCUAAGCGUAGCGGAUGUCCAAGGCCUUUGAUGUCUUCUGCUCAUAAAAGACCUGCAAAUGUGAGCUCAACAAAAACAGCUGUUAAGGAGCCAAAAAUUUCUAAAUUACUUGCUCCAAAGUCAGAUUCCUCAACUCCCAGGAGUUCUCCGAACUUAAACAAACAAAAGAGAAAUCAAAGCGUUCAAGCAGUCAGUGCCCACAGAAGCAUUGGGUUGACAAGUUGCAACAAAAGUACUAGAAGUACUCAAAAUGAUGCAAAAUCUAGUCUUUCUAGUAGAUCUCAAAUUAGCAAAUUGUGUGCUAUACAGCCUAAAAGAAAUGUGAAAAGCUCAGCAUUGGCAACUCAUUCAUCAGCACAAUCACAGCAUCCAUUAGUUACCAAGCCAGAUAAUGGCUUGAAGGUCAACCAAGAUCCUGUUGCCGCUUCUGGUCAUGGGUCUAUUAAUCAUGAACCUGUUGUCAACAAAAUUUCUUCUCUUCCUCAAAGUCAUUGCCAUAUUGGUGGAAACACUCAAUAUUCACAGCCACAAAUGACAAAACCAUCUGGCUUACGGAUGCCUUCGCCAUCAUUAGGAUUUUUUACUCAGUCAAAGACUAAUGCUUCACAGAAUAUACAAAGCAGCACUAAAAAAUGUUAUAACCCAAAGCCUAAUAUUCCUAAUUUGUCAAAGCUUGGUGUCUUAAAUUCUACUUUUGAGAUCCCCGCUCCAUCCAAGAAAGUUCACGUAGUGGCCAGUGAUGUAUCAGCAAUUGAAAAUUCAAGGACUCCAAGCACAAAACCCUCUGUUCCAUCAAAUGCUAGUUCCUUAUGCAAAGAUGUCAGACCAAAUUCAAGAGAUAGUAAAAUGCAGAGGGUGGAAGUGAAUGUUUCUUGUAAUUCUUACAAUCAUGAAUUAACUAAUAAUCAGCAGCAAUUGCAGACCAUUGACGGCAGUCUUAAGCAGCAAACUGAGCAUGUGGAAUAUCAGUGCAGUGAAAACAAGUUACUCUUGCAAAGUCAAUCUUCCGAACAAGUGGAAUUAGAUUGGAAGAGGGAAAAUCUUGUUAUCCCCAGAAGUCUGAAUCACAUCGGCAGUGAAUUCAAAGAUCCCCAUUUUGUCUCUUACCAUGACCUGCAGGUAAAAAGUGGCUUGAAGGCUGAUGAUGCUGGCAACAAACUUUCAAGAAAUGUACAGAAUAAUUCAUUGACUGAAGAUUUUGAUCUCCUUCCACAGUUGCAUUUUUGCAAAAUGAAUGGCAGUAACAUAGAUGGCUCUCCAAUAGUAAACAUUGACCAGAUAAGCAUUCAUGAUAAUUAUGAACGUUCAAGCAAACCAGCUGAAAACGAACAUGUAAAACCUUGCACCUUUGAAGAUGAUCAGAAAACUAAUGAGAUUCAGAGACAACAUAUUAAUGAUGAUGCCUUGCUCAAGGAAGGUGAGCCUUCAGAAGAAUUUCCUAGUUUCAACAGUGUGACAAGUAAAGGUAUCUGUCCAAAUAUUAGUGAUUGCAAUGCUAGUGAUUUGAAAAGGACCAAUGGUCUAUUGCAUUAUGGAGACAGAAUUCAAGGAAAAGAUGGCACUGUUGGGGCUAUUGAUUUGAAUCAGAAAUCACAUGUUGCAGAUGCACAAAAGGAAUCUCUUGAAUGUAAUUUACCUCUUGAAAGUAGCAGUUAUCUUCUGAAUGCGUCAGAAGCAGAAAAUCUGCAUGCACAUGUAAAUGGUGUGAAUGAAAUGCUAGUUGAACAGCCACUACUUCGUGAUCCAUGCAUUGUAGUAGAGACAGUUUUCCAGGAUGAUUAUGGAUCACAUUCAACUGAUUGCCUAUUACAUGGAGAAAUCUUCUCUUCUGACAAUGUUGCCCGUCAAAGUGAACUAGAAAAUUCCAGUGCUCCAUCUAGGAUUCCACCCGCACUGCAGAAUUGUGUUCAUGAGAUGACUGAGGUGGUUGAGUGCUUAAAUGCAGAGAAUGAGGCUUCGGUUUCUACUGAGACACAGUGCAACCAUGACAUUGAGCUCCUUUGUGAAGCUAAUUCAUCUAAGGGAUUAGAAAGGAUCGAGGAAGACCAAGUAACUGGAGCAAUAACUGCUUGUGAUGUUGGUGUCAGCAAUGACUUUCAAAGAAGUGGCAAUCUGGAUGCCAGAGAGAUGGAUGAUUCCCAUUCAAUAUCCCCCCUGGGCCUAGUAGAUGCCAUUUCAGACCCAGAAGACAACAUCAUUUCUUGUCAUUUUAAUGCAACAGGCAUGCUUACUAACUCAUUGAUGGAUAUGCAAAAUGAUUGUGAAAUUAUUGCCCAAGAUGAGCCGAUACAGUCCUCCCUUGAUGCUGGCAACACCUUCCUAGAAAAUCCGAUUCUAGAGGCAUGUCAUGACCUUUUCUCUGCGGAGAGAAAGACCCAGAAAUUUGAUUGUGACAAUUGUGCACACGUGGGUCCCAGAAACAUGUGUUCUUUUAUACAGGCAGUGGAAGGUCCUUCUGAUCUGUCUCAGGUGCGAACAGAUGAUCCAAGUGACGAGUGUGCUGCUGGAGAUAAUAAGACGACUGAUGGAUCCUUCAGCAAAGAUGCAUGCUCGCAGUCCUUCAAUGAUGGUAUUUCAUUUGAAAGCUGCAAAAUUAUCCUUUUCUCUUCAACCGAAAAUAACAAUUUUGCAGUAGUCGAGAAUUUAAAUAAACCUCAAGAGCUUCAAAAUGCUGUCACUGUUAUGCCAGAGCCAGGCAAAUUUGGAUCGUCUGUUACUGAGGAAAUAUCUAGUUAUGUCAAGAUUAAUCUGUCAGAUAACAACCAUGAUGGUUGUAAUGAUAUGAUCAUGCCUGACAAUGAACAAAGUGGCCAAGUAACCUCUUCGAAUGUUGGGUUGUCUUCACUGAGCGAAGAUCAAGUUUCUGGGGCAGAAAAUACAUGCAAGUCUCAAGCAUUUUGCUCUUUGACUGAGGAAUCAACCUCCUCAAUCAAAACAAAUCACAUAUCUUCAAAUGGAAAUUUCUUACAGGAAGAAGUCAACAGAUUGGAGAAUGAUUUGUCACAGGAAUUAAACAGAUCAAUGACCCAUGUGGAAGCUACGGGUAGUACAUCUUUGGUUGAGGAAACUAGCAAUGACAAAAAGCAAUUUGCUCCUUUAGUAAAGCCCCCUUUGAACGCUGUUCCGUUUUCAGAUGACUGGUUAGCUGCAUUUGAAGAUGCUGGAGAGGAAAUUCUAACAAUGAAAAGUGGUGCUGUACAAAAUUCGCCCACGGACAAAUCUCUACCAGAGCCUGGUCCAUGGUCCCCGGUGAGAAAGAAAAACAAUCAAGGAGUCGGACCGUUUGACUGCACAAAAUACACCAACACAAAAGUACAGCCCGGUUUUGAAUAACGGAGGCCAAAAGGUUUGCCUAACCAUUCUUUCUUUUUCUUUUUCCUGCUAACAGAUGUGAUCAAUUGUACUUUCACGCCACAACUAACAAAGGUUGGAAGGUUUGAAAAUGCCAGAAUUCUGGCACAUCAAAACAACAAAAGAUAUUCAAACUUCUUUUGUUUGAUGUUUUAUUUCAGUCUGAUUAGAUUUUCAAGUAGACUUUUUAAGUGUCAAUUUAUGUAUCUACUGUUAGGGAUUGU